UCACCUACUUAACCUAGCCUAUCUCAUUCGCAAUCUCCCUCCCUCCAAAACUUUCGAAACACACAAACCUCUCUCAAGGGUUAGGGUUAGGGUUUUGCCUUAUCUAUAUAUAUAAAAAAACCACUCCUCUUCAUUCCAACAAUAAUAGUCUCGCCAAUUUAAACAACAAUGCCAAGGCACAGAAGCCGGAGCAGAAGCUACAGUCCUGGUCGCCGUAGCCGAACCCCUCCUCGGGGCCGUAAGCGAUACGAUGACGAAGAUCGCCACCGUGACACCCGUUCUUACCGUGACCGUCGCUCUCCUGCUUCAUCUGGCUUGCUCAUUCGCAAUCUCCCUCUCGACGCCAGGCCUGAAGAUCUUAGGGGGCCAUUUGAGAAAUUUGGUCCUUUGAAAGAUAUUUAUCUGCCCAAGAAUUACCACACUGGGGAACCACGAGGGUUUGGAUUUGUGAAGUAUCGUUACGGUGAAGAUGCAGCUGAAGCAAAAAAACGGAUGGACCAUAAAAUCAUUGGUGGACGUGAGAUAAGAAUUGUCUUUGCUGAGGAGAACAGAAAAACACCUCAAGAAAUGCGCAGAACUCCUCGCACAAGUGACCGACAUGGAGGCAGCCAUGGAGGGAGAACACCACCAAGGUCCCCAAGACAUCGAUAUCGUUCCUACUCACGCUCACCUUCACCUGCCAGGCAUGAUUCGAGGGAUCGCGGUGUGAAGGAGGAUUAUUGCUCUCCACGGAGAUCAAGAUCCAUUUCACGCUCUCGUUCUCCACGAGAUGAGAGGGACUUCCAGGUAGACCAGCGGUCGCUAAGUCCAUCGGAGAAGGGCCGAAACCCGAAGGAAAGGAACCAUGCAUCUCGUGGGUCAAGGACUCUGAGGGCCAAUAGCCGUAGUCCAUCAAGGUCGCAUUCACAAUCCUAUGGUUUUCAGAACAUGGAUGUAAGCCACAAUGCUGGAUGUAAGCCAACUGAGUGUCAAAGUCUAAUGCAUAAUGCAGUGAUAGAAACAGUUCUUCCUUUACAGAACAUGGAAGUGCAGUGUUUGCUCUGAUUUGAGCCAUUUGGGAUAAAAAGACUGAAAGUUUUCAAGCAAACAGCGUUCCUUUGUUACAUGUAGUUUUCAGCCUUUUUUUAUGAUGCUUUUGGGGGUGUCUGUAGUGAGCAUACAGAGAUGUUAUAGAGCUCUGUCCUAGUUUUGUUUUUGUGUUUUUGUCUUUAUUAUGAGGAGAAUGGCUCAUCCACCUGUUUGUAAUUUAAUAACUUUUUUCUGCGUUGGUUAUUCUUAGAUGUCUCCAUGUAGAGUAUGCUAGCUUGCCUUCAUCUUUUUCUUUGUAUUACUUGAAAUACUGGAGUACUGAUCCUUUGUA